AUGACUUUUGAGUUUCAGCUGCAUCAGCCACCCUGCGACCUCGCAUUUCUUGCCGUUGUCAAUGGACCAGUCCUGUACAAUGCGGACAACGUCACAAGCGGUGCAGUUAAGAGGGAAACGAUUCGUCAAAUUGGCUGGCACGUGCUGCGGCUACCGGAGGAGUGGUUUUUCUCGGAGAAGUCACGCGAGAUGACGGAGAAGGUGUGCCACGUAAUGCAGUGCACUAUUCAAUAUCUUGUCUACUGUCAGAGGCAGUUCGAGGCAGAGGUGGCGGAUGCGCAAAGAAGAGCCGAGGAAUUACGUGAAGAAAGGGAUGAACUCUUUGAGGAACUCGUGGUGUUACGGGAGACGGUUGCACAGAUGAGGCAGCGCCGUGUGUCAAACAGCCGGGAUGGAAUGAACGCUGGAAUAGCGGUGUCUCAUCACCUCUCGUGUGUAGAGAAAUCUGGACGCUUCUUUACGUGUUCCCUGUGUGGAAAUGGCUACCCGUCCUCCUCGUCGCUGGAGUCGCAUCUGAAUAAGCGCCACCAUCGUGGAGCACAGUAUGCAGCGAUGACAGCUGCCACUACUGCAGCACAAAACAAAGUAGUGGCGGAUACGCCUUGGCCAAGCGAUGCAUUGACAAAAGAACUUGCGUCUUUAAGAGCAGAAGUGAUGGAUCUUCGCGAGGCUAUGGCGGUUACACAGGAGAAGAGGCGGCUUGAUGCGAAUUUUUCGCUUUUCUCCCCCAUUAGUGUUGUGACGUUACCGGCGCAUCAGCUGCCUGGUACACCGUUUGAGGUUGCCCAUCCUUCACAGAAGCAGCGGGGGGAAAAACUAAUAGACGCACUUCAAGACGAAUUGCGGGUCAUGCGAUCUCGUGUGCAACACAUGGAGGGAAUGAUGUGCCAGCAGGCUGGCAGAAUAGAGGGUGGAUGUGGAAGACGCACACGUGAGCUGGAUGAACUCACGUCGAGGGAGGCGCGCCUAACCAAAGCCGACUCUUCUCCCCCGGAGGUGAAGCAUCAACAAUUAGCUUCAUGUGCCUCCGGCAGCUCGGCCCAUUCUCUCAAUGGCUAUCCGUCUCGUGCUCCUGCAACUCCUGAUAUGAUGCACACUGAAGACUUCACCGAGAAGCAAGUAAAAUUUUUUCCACGCCAAAAAGAGGCUCGGGAAUCCAACCAUGCGGCCGACGUGCCGGCCCGUCGCAGCUCCACGUUUUUUACGGGAACGUUGUCACUAUCGUCUCAGUUACUCUUUAAGCCUUCUUCUACCCUGCCUAUGGCUGAGGUUGUUCAGGCAUCAUCGGCUUCAGAACUUGAGCCGCAGCGCUCUGCCUCACCACAAGGACAAAAUAAUCAGUCAGCGCUUGAGAUGCAAACCUCAGUGCCCACUGAGGCAGAAGCUACAGCUACGUCUGCUGCAGUAGAAAACGAUGGGCCUUCAGAACCGAAAUCCUUUCCCCAUUCCAGUGGGUUGAAUUUUAGCAUUCUCAAUAGUCUUAAUGUUGACACCUUUAGUUGCAAGGGUCUCUGUGCGUCACGGAAGCUAUCCACAAACCAGACAUACCCCACGAGCUACGUGGGAGAAGAAGAAGCAAACAAUGCCACGAAUGAUGAACUCAAAGCAUCGGGGAGAGAUGAGGCCGAUGGGGUUAUGCAACACAGCAAACCAAGGGCAUCCUUGUCUUCCUUGUCACGAGAAUCCUCAGAGACCUUUGUGUCUAAUCCCAAGAUGUUCAUAAACUCUCAAGAAAUCUCUAAGGGGUCUCCAGUCGACUCCUACGUAAUUUUCUCACAACCCUCUGCGCAGCGGGAGUCUCCAGAGACCGAAAGGACAGUAUCGAUGAUUACCAGCAGCUUGCAUGACGCACACAAUGGAAAAGGCGUGAAGUCCCGCGUUGAAGCUCCCAUUAGCGAGAGACAACGAGAGAAAGAACUGAGUGUUGAAGGAAAAGGACCGGGUGUGGGUCGUAGAAAAAUGCCAUUGAAGGGUGCUACUUCUGAAAAGAGCAAAAAAUGGAAAUUUUCGUUCAUUUCAAAAAUUUUUAGAAAGCAAAAGAAGUGA